UGUAUGUUCAGUGUACAUUCUGGGCUACAGCAGGUCAAGAGAACCCCAGUGUUGGCGACUAUGAUCCGGUGUGAGGUCCCACAGCGCAGCUAGAAUAAAACUGUGUCACCAUGUUCCAGUGCCUCUGUUGACAGGUGCUCUUUUUGAAGGCGUUGGCACCCUGUCACCUCAUGCACACAUGCACCAUUGCACAGCUACACGAGGGAAGGCCAUCUCAGAUGUCCUUUCUCUAUCCUGGUCUUAGAUAUAAAAGUCAGACCUCGAUCAUCUCCUCUAUUGAACUCUCCUGGACUGGUCUCCAUUGGUGAAACAGCGUCAUACAAUGCAAUGACCCACUUAUCAGCUGCAAUUCAUUGUAGCUUGUGAAUGCAUUAUAAUGUUCAAAGAAACCUUAAACAGCAAUGGUGACAAAUGCCGAAUUUGCACCUGUCACAGUUCAGCUAAAACUGUUGUUCAAAGCUAUAAUCUUUCAGAACAGGAAGAAUUGUAGUAUGAGAAGUACAUGUUUUUUCCAGCACAUUGUUGCAGCUAUGCAUUUAAAGUAUCAAGGUCAAAUGCAUUGGCUUACAUUAGUUCUUAUAACUCAUCUUCACGCACAGCUGCUCCAUUGUCCUGUAUGCUGACUGUAUUCUUCGACUGUAAGAGAGUGAGGUGGCAUGGGUGGCACCGUUCCCGAGUUUCCCACUUUGGCAUUUCCUCCAGAGCAGCCGCCUACUGUGUCCACCAGCAUGCCGCACCUGACAUUCAUCAUUUAUUUACAUGCCAGACUUUAAUUGCGUAUGGGAGACCAGCGUGGCUUUCCCCACACGGCGGGCUGACCCACCGGGAGGAUAUCCUGUACAUGUGAUCUGCUAACGAAAAUGACAUUUCUUCUGUUCCUGUUGCUCAAAUUGUGUACAGUCAAAUUAGCAAUCGAGUCACUACAAUGACUGACAGGUGAGGGGUACACUAACACAACAGCAUCUUGUAAUUACACUGUUCUGUGAUCCCCCGUUUUGCAGUGUAUGUAAUGUAAACGAGAAGCUGUCUGUGCUCCCACCAUGUGUUUUUGGGCUGGAGGUUUACAACCGCAAAAAGGGUGCACACGAAUCUGGACCCACAGCGAGACAGAAAUAAAGAACAGCUGGAGAGCCAACAAGCAACAAUGUCAUGGGAGCUGGUAGAGCGAGGUACCUCCAGAGCCUUUUUGUUGUCUGAACUGCUCUUUCAGUCCAUGCUGUAGUUCAGCCCACAGCUGAAGGCUUUCUGAAGUCUCCUGGUCUCGGUAGCUGUGCACUCUUCAGGACAGUAAUGUGCAUGCAGAUGGCUCUUGCUCACGCUCAUCACCAUGGCAAUGGAGCUGGAAUAUGUAUUUGUACGCUGACUGAAUUGUGCGGAGAAGACAACAGAAAGAGGAGCUAAGCGUUAUCGUCCACAACCACUGCUGCCUCCUGGGCAUCCGCUCAUUCCAGGAUUUUCCGAGCCAGUCGACUCCAGCCAGCCUUGGGUCAGAUCUGUUAUAGCCACCAAGCUGAGCGUUGUGCAUGCUGAGGCAAAGGAGAGGAUGGACCAAAAUGGGGAUGGGUCUGUGCAGCUGGCAAUUGUACUGAAGAUCCAGGCUUCGUCCUUCCGUAAGGCAAAAGCAGCGACUGUGGGUUAAAACCCAGCCAACCACCACCUCCCCUUUUGUCACAUCCUCUCCUUCGCCCCUGUCCCACACUCCCUUCACGCCCCCGGCUCUCCCCAGUCUGUGGUUUUGCUCGUUUCUAUUUACCUCUCCACUAAUCCCCCGCGUGUGUUUCUCUCUCUCUCUCUCUCUCUCUCUCUCUCUCUCUCUCUCUCUCUCUCUCCCCUUCCCUCUCUCUCUCUCACUCUCUCUCUCCCUCUCUCUCUCUCACCCCCUCACUGCCUCUCCUCCUCUUUCUCGCUCAGAGCCAGCGGGCUGCCACUCGACCCACACUGCCUGCUACAUGAUCUCUUGGAAAACAGCGUUCCGUGUCUUUGUUGCUGUUGUUCGAAGCCGGAGCUUUUUUAGCUUGUGAUCUAACAGAACAGAAAAGAUGCCUUCGCAACGACUCUGACUCCUUCUCCUUCCUCAUGCUCCCCCCUCCCUCCUCCUCGUCUCCUGCCCCCUGACCCUUCCCUGCCUCCACUGUCCUUUGCCCCUUUUCAAACCCCCCUUCCUUAAUCCCCCUGUUCUCCCUUUCACCUCUCACCCCCCUCAACAAUGUUCUCAUGUGUUCACUGGCUUCAGUCUUUCCUAGCCUUGCUGUCCUCUACCUUAUUUGCUUGGGGCCAAAACUGCCCAUCCAUCUGCUUGUGUCCAGACCAUCACACCGUGGACUGCACCGGUCAAGGGCUCACCCGUCUACCAGACUCCAUCCCUCUGGACGUGCGGAGGCUCCUCCUGUCUAACAACUGGAUACCUUGGAUCCCCUCUGACUUCUUAGUUCUCUACAGUGACCUCGUCUACCUUGACCUGAGGAACAACUCCCUGACCAGGCUGGAGCCAGGGACCUUGGGUAUGUCGUCCAGGCUUGUCUACCUGGACCUAGGAAGCAACAACCUGACUGAGAUCCCUUCGGGGACUUUUGGAGAAUCCCGCAGCUUGAUCAAGCUGCGCCUGGGAAACAACCCCCAUUUGAGGAUGGUGGGCGAGGGCGCCUUCUCAGGCCUCACCUCCUUACGGGAGCUGGAGCUGGAACGGAAUGCCCUUUCCAGCCUGGACGUCAAGGUGCUGAGCCAGCUGCCUUCCCUGCGAGUAAUACGCCUGGAGGGGAACCCCUGGGUGUGCAACUGUCAUUUUGCCAAAUUAUUUCUCUGGCUGAUGGAAAAUCGUCACAAGCUCCCAACUGGGCUGGAGGGUAUGGAGUGCUCUCUCCCAGUGGACGGGCAGCAGGUCUCUCUGAGCAUGCUUUCUGAGGACAGCUUCCGAGAAUGUCGGGGGAUGCUCACUCUUAAAGACUAUCUGAUAGUCAUUUUCUCCGGGAUCUGUAUAUCAGUGGCUGCCAUCAUUGCCAGCUUUUUCUUGGCCUCAACUAUCCACUGUUUCCAGAGGCUCAAAGCCAACAGGACAGACGAGGAGGAGGGGGAAGACUGAGUGUAAGCUGCUAGGCUGCAACUCAGGAUCUGCUGCACCAACAGGUUCAUGGAUGUCUGCACGGAGGACUGAGAGACGGGGCACUAUGGUUCCAUGUCACAAAAGACCCCAUGUUACCUGUCAGUGAUAAAGGUGAGGCUGAAAACAUCAUUACAGGUUACAUUGACUCCCAGACUUUAUGAAUGAUGCUUGAAUGAUGCAAGAUGUUUGAGGGCUUUUAUACUUGAAGUUACUGAACCAAGCCUUAAGACGUAAACUGUUCCAGUAACAACACUGCAUAAAAUUACUGUGUUGUAGACCCCUUUAUUCAGGCUGUUAGUUAAAGGGGAAUUCCACUGAUUUUUCAAAAUUUGGGGGAAAUUAAAUAGUUAAGAUGUACACAAGGUCAUUCAAAGUGGUUUGAUGUAGAAAUGUGCGAUUCUACACACCAAGUCAUAAUUGUUCACAGUAGUUUUGAUAGGAACCAAACGUCCAGACUGUUUAUUGCCUCUCACAGAUAGUUUAUUUCACAAUCUAUUACGUGAAAUAGUUAUAAAUGUAUUACUCUGUGCUUGAGAUGUUGUUUUAGAGUAGUUUUAAGAAAUAUUCAAAGAGGCUUUUUUUUAAAUCCAUUCACUGGUGGUGAGCUACAGCUUUCUUGAAAGGCAAAAAUAGUCCCUUUUUUGGAUUUGUCCCUAUUUUUCCAAACCCAGAAGACACCUCUGGACAACUGGUUCAACAGUCACUUCAAAUAGAAAUAAAGUGGCUAUGUAUUGUGGACAUCACAACCCCCAGUUCCUAUCACCACCACUGUAAGAUAUCUGAGCCGGUAAGAUUCUCUACAGUGCACCAUUUUACGUCAGACUGCUGUGGAUGACACUGUUUACAUCUCAGCAAUUGAGUUAUGUAUGUUUGGAAAAUUUUUGAAAAGCCUGAAAUCUCCUUUAAAGGUACUGAGCAUAAUAUUUUAGCACUUCAAUUGCAGCAUAUCGUAAAGGACUUUUUAUGUAAAUGUGCAAGGCAAUGAAUAUUUUCUAUGUUAUUUUUGUUAAUGAGGAAUUGAAUCUCAUUGUUUACUAGUGAGGUCUACCUACUUGCACUUUAAGAUAGAGUUUAUAUAUUGCACAUAAUCCCAGUGAGCCAUAAAGUAGACUUUAUCAUAUAUCAUAAAUCAUAUAUCGUAAUGACUCAUGUCACCAAAGAAUUCUUGACAAAUUUGUAUUUUGUUAUACAUACUGUGGUGGAAGAGAUUGUUAUGCACACAAAGCUUCAUAAAGCUUUGAAAGUCCAUCCAGUGAUUUUUGUUUAUUGGCAGAAAUGGACAUAAUACUAACAACUACCUAGAUGUCCUGCCUCCAGUAUAAACCAUUAUGUCUUGAUGUUGCAAGCCUGAUUGGUUAAUGGGAGCCUGUGGUUUAGGAAUUGCACAGACAAAAUUUAAAGGAUUAAACUAUAAAUUUAAAUGUAUAAUGUAACAACUGUGAAUAGAAAGGGAACUUUUCAUUCUUUACGUUUUCACUUCUAUUUAGUUCAUUUCUGUUUCUUUUUUUUUUUUACUUUGAGUAAAUAUAAAAUAAAUGGUGACGCCAAAGUGUUCAACAGUUUUAAGUGUUUUGGCUCAUUUUACAGUUGAAAGCCUGCGCAAAUACACAGUCUUCGUAAAGCACAAAUCAGCUAUUUGUGCUUUCUUUUGUGUUUGCAUCAAGUAAACCCAUUCAGAUGCUUUGCUUUCCAACUGUUUUCCCCCACUGUGAGCCAAAAUUGUGAAAAUUAAAAACAAUAGUUUCCUAUGG